AGCCCCGCCCUUUGCAUGCGCCAUCCUCCUCCUCCCCCCCACCCCCCGUCCCCCGGUUCGGAGCAUGCGCUUUGGGGCCUAUACUGUCCCGAGGCCCUGUUCCAUCUAGGCGGGAUCCACUUCUUCCCACAUUGCACCGCAACAGCAGCGCGCGCGACUCUGACCGGACGAGCGUCCUGUUGUUUUGUGUGUCGGUGCCAUGGCGGCUGCGCUGCUGGGCCGGGCCCUGGCAGCUCUUCCCAGCGCCCGGCACAUUCUCAGGUGAAGGCACCGCCCGGGGCUAGCGGCGAAACUUCGGAAUGCAGUACUACAUACUCAGUGGAGAAGUGGUUUUCAAAACAGAUCAAUUCAGAUAAUCCUCCAAAGCGACCCUUAACAGCCUACUUUCGUUUUGUAAAAGAUCAGCAGCCCAUUUUUAGAAAACAAAAUCCAGAUGUGAGCAUUUUGGAGAUAGCAAAAAAAAUUGCAUAUGCUUGGAAAGAGCUACCAGUGUCAGAGAAACAAACAUAUGAAGCAGCUGCAAAGGUAGAGCGGGAAGCAUACAAAGAAGAACUGGCCAAAUACAAAGCACAGUUAAGUCCAGCCCAGAUAGUAGCUUUGAAAGAAGAAAGGAGACAAAAACGGGCAAAAAGAAAAGCAAUGAGGAAAAAGAGGGAAUCAACAGUGCUUGGAAAGCCUAAAAGACCUCGUACUGGCUUUAACAUUUUUAUGUCUGAACACUUCCAAGAAGCUAAGGGAAUUUCAGUUCAGGCAAAGAUGAAGAAUUUAUUUGAAGAAUGGCAAGAUCUAUCCAGUUCUCUAAAGCAGACAUAUCUACAGCUUGCUGAAGAUGACAAGGUUCGGUAUGAAAAUGAAAUGAAGUCAUGGGAGGAGCAAAUGGUUGAUGUUGGACGUGAUGAUCUGAUACGUUACAAAAACAGGCUCAAAAAAUCAGGAGUUGCAACAAAGAAGAAAACCAUAAAAAGGGUUGUUUCAAAAAAGAGGGAUAAAACUAUAAAGAAGGUUCAAAGAACUAAAGGUUCUUCAUCGCCAGAAGUUAUGGCAAAAUUAAAGACAAAAAGUUCUGAAGAAUAAAACUGGUAAAUGUUUUAUAUUUAAUUACUUGAUUGCCAUGACUUUAUUCUGCUUGUAAGUGUUAAUGCACUUAGCACUAGCACUGAAUUUUUGAAAAAAAAAAAAAAAAAGAUGGUUUAUAUAAGAUAUUUAAGAAAAAAUUGGGUAAGAGGGAUUUGAAUAUCUUUCUCAGAAUUAUCUAGAGAAAUGAUCUCUGCAGGUGUAACAUAGUGUGUAUAAACCUAAUCAACAUUAAUCAAGCUGUGAAUACUUUUGAUACUGACUGAUUAUGAUGGGAAGAGCAUUCUUGAGCCCACAAUAAUGCAGACAAGUGUUUAGUUUUUGUAAUUUAUACGAUAUUUUAAUGUAAGCAACCAUAAUCAACUAUAUUAUCUUCUAGAUGUUGUAACUAAUUGGGAGGUGAAACUUGGAUUUACAACAGAGGUAUGUUCUGUUUCCUCCCUAGUGUUAAUAGCGCAUGUAUUAGCUGGAAAUAAAUGUCUAGCUGUGUAUUUUUGCUAAUUUCAGUUCCUCUCUCAACAAAUGUAAACUUCAGAAUUAUGUACACAUUUAGUUUUGUUACUUGCAUCCAUAUUCAUCUGUGUACCACUUUGUAUGUAUCACUCAUCUAUGCAUACAUUUAAGUUGAAUAGAAUAAAAAAAUCAAUGAGUUUUGUACAAAAUA